AUGAGGGGAAUGUUGCCCACCAUAACGAGUCAGAUUGCAGGAUGGUGCACGGGGCACGGCAUUGAGGACAUCAACGCGCAAUUAUGCGUCGUAAGUUGCGGCUUUGACGUUGAGGGCAUCGUUUCACAUCUCAUCCGCCGCGCCCUUGCGGGGUUGUCAUCACUCCAUGCCUGCGUCUCUUGUGUUGUGUUACCCGAUGGCACAAAAAGUGGGACGCUGUCGCGAGUGGCCGCAGCCCUCACGUCUUCCCUCAACAAUAUAGACGGAAAACGUGUGCAGGUGCACGUGGCCGAGGAGGGCACUUCCACCCGCACUCGCUGCACCUAUUACCAAACCGGUGGUGUGGUGGUGUUGAGCAGCCGCAUGUUGUGUGCGGAUCUGCUGCACAGACGUCUGUCACGUGAACUUGUGGGUAUCGCCAUUGUGUUGCUGCCGUACGGAACCCCUAUGCGCUCAGAUAGGGUUGUGCCAAGCAUCGCAUUCUGUGCGGAAAUUCUUCUGCGAGGUGGUGGUGCGAUGCAACUAUUAUCGUGUAGGCGUCAUCCACCUUUUAUUCUUAUUUCAGAUAACCCGUGUUUUGUGCGGUAUCUUCUACAGCGAAGGCGUAUUGGUCAGGAGCCGUUUCUGACAAAGGUGCACGUGGACGAAAUACAACUGUUUCCACGUUUUCGUCUCAGUGUGAUGCAGCAUUUUGAGCAGCUUGCAAAGGAGCGGCCAUUGAACGUGGAACGUGUUGCUGUAGGCGUGUCGUCCAGCAUCACCGCUAUCGACGGGCUGCUCUGUCAGGUCAUAAAGGAGGUCAUUAGAGAGCUCCAUGCUCUUGAGGCACGUUUGGGUCGAACACUGGACGGCAGCGGCAGCGGCAGUAAUGACAACAGAAGUGGCAAUACCAAUAAUGUGAAUAAUAAUAGUCUUGACGCGGACGAUCCAUUCUCGCGUCUGCAGCCCAUAUCGCGGCGGCAACGGUUGGAAAAACAACCACCGCGUUAUGUGCGAAAGCCAUGGGUGGUGCCAUCGGAUCCUACCGUCAUUCUUUUUGGGUGUAUCCGUGAGGAGGAUGCUGUGGAUGUCGUGGAUUUCACUCUGGAUGACGACUUGGACUGUGCCUUACGUGCACAUGGACCCUGGUGGCCAUUCAGUAGACUCGUUGAAAGCCUCCUUGACGUUCGUCGAUUGCGGCGAGGAGUCCGACGUCUCUCUCCGUUUUCGUGGUUAUUUGCUCUUGAAGCGGCACUGACAGCACGCGUGGCACGCCAAACACGAGAUGUGACUUCGGCAAGGGCAUUCACAUGUCAGCCGCCCGAUGCACCGUGGACGUUGUCAAAACAUUUUAGCCCAAUCGUUACGCUGGCGAUUCACCGCAUCGGUAAAGUGGAAAUGAGUAUUGUGAAGAAGAAGGGAAAUGAUUUCGACAGUCACAGAAACGGUGAUUGCAUGAAUACAGUUGGAGAUUAUGUUGUUGUGGAGGACGUGGAGAUGGUGGGAGAAGAAGAGGAUGUCGUAUGUGUGGAGCCAGCGACAUCGCAGCGUUUGCUCCUACCGCGCAGUGAUGAGGUGGAUUCAUGCAUGGAGUUUGCAAACCGCGUUAUACAAGGGUGGUGCCGAGACACACAACGUGGAAGAACUGCAGGGAAUGCAUCGAAUCCCGUGUUUUUACUGAUUGUUUUUGGUGAGCGCGCGCUUCGUCGCUAUGUAUGCCGUCUUACACACACUCUAGAGGAUUUCCAGACAUUUGAGUUGAACGGUUUUGUUGCGGCUUACCAAGCGAGACAUGGUGCUGACAUACGCCGACGUGCAGAGGCCCCAGCGACGGAGAAGACAACACAUGUGAACCUGCGCACGUGGUUUCUCGCAAACAAUGAUGAAGUUAUGGAGGAGGAGGAUGAGGAGGAUGAGGAGGUCGCAGGGAAUCAUAAUAAUGAUGACGAAGAUGUUGGAAGUGAGGUUGGGAAUGCCGUGAAAAAAGGAGUUGGCAUUUGCAUAGAGAAGACACCGACGCGUACCCUCUCGCAGGGUCCAAGUUUUCUUUUUUCCCAAAGCAGUAGGUUAAGUCAUAACCCCGCCAUCAGCAAUGAUGGGAGUGGCGGAGCGGAGAGUGUUUCACUGCAUCAAUUACUUCUGAGUCAAGCUCCACUUACGCCGCCAUCAGAGGAAGAAGAAAAACAACAACAUGAAGAAAAACAAGGGGAGGGAAGGCGCCCCGGGACUCUGUUGUGCCUGGACUCUGUGGGUGCUGGUAUUGCUCUCUUGUCUGUGGCGUCUUCCGAUUGCAACUUGCCUUCACCUUCUCUACGUGUGGCGGUGGUGAACGGGUCAUUGCUAUGUGCAUCCGAAUUGAUUUCGAUGGUGAAAGGGGUUCAUGAUGCAUUCGCGUUACCGACACGAAUUCUUGUGGUGGAGCAGGAGCUCCGCUUCCUUCGCAUGUUGGAGAUGACCCAAGACGCAUUAGAGCCGCAAAGUUUGCGUCAAUUGCGGGUGCAGGUGCUAGUGGAGCAAUUGCAUGAAUCGCCGGUCACGGAUCGGGUUUUGGAGGAGGAGCGUGAGGCCUUUGAGGCGCUGGCACAUGCCAAGGCGACACUGACAGGAUCACUUUUAGCAGACAGGAACACGCUACGCGCGGUGCAGGAAAACUUGGAUUCGGGGUUAAUUCUUAAGAAAAACUUGGGCCGGAGACAACAGGGCCCGCCGGGUCUUUGCGGGAAUGAAUUGCGUGAAGUGCAAAUGUCCACAGUGAGUGGCUCUGCUCCCACGACAACAACCGCUUUGGAGGCUCCGCUCGUUGUGUUUGACGAGCGUGAGUUGCGAUCACUGUUGCCGUACGCUUUGUACCGUCGCGGCAUUGAACUUGUUCCUCUGACGCUUGCGACAGCCGACUAUGUUUUGUCUCCAUUGUACGCGCUGGAACGGAAGAGUGCUCCGGACUUCAUCCAGUCGUUGUUUUCAGGUCGCAUCUUCACGCAGCUCGCAGCUCUCUCUCGACGCUACGAGUUUCCAAUGUGUCUUGUUGAAUUCGAUCGUAGUGCACCGUUUCGCUUGUCUUUUUCAUCCCCCUCACCUGCCGCCACAAGUGACGUCUCAGGCCCUGUGGCUCAUUUUGAAGGUGGUGGGCUGUUUGCAAGGAUUGCACGUCUCUAUGCUUCUUUUCCACGGGUGCAGGUGUUGUGGUCACGUGAUCCAACACAGUCGGCGGGUAUCAUACAUGAGAUGAAGCGCACAUUUGCACGGGAGGCGGUGGAUCCAAGCACACCAUCACUCACACGUGGAAACAUCGAUCCGCACGACUCCGCCAUGGAGAAGGAGGCGUCACAUCUUGCGGCCCGUGUCUUGUCAUGUUUCCCGGGCAUUACACCGGGCAAUGCAGCACGAGUCAUGGCAGUUUGUGGCUCACUUGCGGGGCUUGCCACUAUUGACGAGUCUGCACUCGUGGAAGCCAUGGGAGAGGAAAACGCCAAACAGCUAUACACCUUCUUGCACGAUGAUCUUGUCGCCAAGGUUUUUUAG